GGCCAGCUGCAGGAAAUUAGCUGCAGAAGAAGAAGAGCUGCUCCUCAGCGGCUACCUGCCGGGUCCACCUGUGUCCGUUUGAGCUGCUGUCUCACGUGAAGAUGUCGGAGGACCUGCGCGCACAGCUGGAGAAACAUCUGCAGACUUUACACAUCCAGACGAGAUGCGUGGAGCACCCGCCGGUGUUCACGGUGGAGGAGAUGAUGCCUCACCUGCAGGGCGUGAAUGGCGCCGUCACCAAGAACCUGUUCUUGAAAGACAAGAAGAAGAAGGGGCUUUGGCUGGUGUCGGCCCGCCAUGACCGCCAGGUGAACCUUAAUGACCUCGCCAAGAAGCUUGGUGUCGGGAGUGGAAAUCUGCGCUUCGCAGAUGAGGCAGCCAUGUUGGAAAAGCUGAAGGUGGGUCAGGGAUGUGCGACGGCUCUUGCUCUGCUCUUCGAUCAGGAUCGCAGCGUGAAGUUCGUCUUGGACCGGGACCUGGUGGAAGGAGGCCACGAGAUGGUCUACUUCCACCCGAUGACCAACGCUGCCACCAUGGGGCUCAGACCGGACGACCUGCUGCGCUUCCUCAAGGAAACGGGACACGAGCCAAUCCUGGAGUGCUUCGAGUAAAACGGACACCUGGUUUAAAAGCGACGCGAGAGCGGUCCUGGUCGGGCUGAGAGCAGGAUACGGCCGUCUGCCGCCGAGGAUCUUGAGAAGCUUCAUGCUAGGCUCUAAGUGUAAAAAGGAACAUUUUAAAAACGUGUUUGUGUGCAGCGAUGAGAAUCUGCAACCUGAACAAACUGUCAUGUUUAGCAAAGUCCCCGAAAUUAAGAUUUAUUCACUGAAAUUUGACCCUGGAUGUUAUUUAUUAUCCUGCAAAUGUAAAGUGAGAGAAUAAAAAGCUUUGUCAUCUCUGUUUGGCUUUAAAUUAAGAGUUUAUCAGAAAGAUGAAACAGCCUGUAAGAAGGUAAAACACGAGGGUCACAGU